AUGGCCCUCGUAGCAGCCGCCGCAGCAGCAGGCCCGCCCUUCCCAUACUGCCCUACCCAUUUGGUCGACGGCGUCUGCCUAGGUGGAACUCUCACAGAUUGUGGCGUGCCGGGAAUUUCCUGCGCGAAGGACGGGGAGGAGAACAGCGCAGUCGCAGCCCGUGCUGGUGGAGACCCAUUUCCCCCCUACUGCCCUGGCGAAUGGGUCGAUGGGGUCUGCGUAGUUGGAGAUGGAUUCACGGAUUGUGGCGUGCCGGGAAUUUCCUGCGGGAAGAACGACGAGGAGAAUCACGACGACGGCGCAGAAGGGCUGCAGAAGCGCCACGAAUCCUCCGCUGGGGGCGACCCAUUUUCCCCCUACUGCCCUGGCGAAUGGGUCGAUGGGGUCUGCCACGUGGGAGGUGGAUUCACGGAUUGUGGCGUGCCGGGUAUUUCAUGUGGGAAGGACGAUGAGACCGGCAGUGGACAAGCACUCGAGAAUCGGCACCCCGGACAUAUCUCCUCUGCUUCCACUGGUGCCAGGGUUCCCGUUAAGCUCGUGCUGGGAUUACUGGUAUGCUAUGUCGUCUUCCAGAUGGCAUAG